AUGGCGUCCAAUACCGUGGGAGCUAAUCCUUCCAAAUCUGAAAAUCCUAGCGAAGCUUCAGACUCGGAUACAAUCUUCGCCAGCUGUGAUUAUGAACGUGAGCGAGAGAACCUUAGGAAUGCUAAUCUUCAAGGCUUGACUCAGCCAACGGGAGGUGUUGAUGUACAGAAAGCCGAGGAAGAAUUUGCUGUUUUAAGCAAGGAGUUGUCAAGGAUCUCAGAAAAAUCAAAACGGCCAUUUAUUCAAGAGCAAAAUAGCCUAAAUGAAAAAGGCUCAUACGAUGUUGAGAGUGGUUCUGAGAGCAAGUCAGCCUUCGACUUGGAGGCUGCCCUUCAUGGUUCUCGAGAUGCAGAGGCGGCCGCUGGAAUACGGCCAAAGAGGAUCGGUGUUAUCUGGGAUGGCCUCACUGUCCGUGGUAUGGGGGGAGUUAAGUACACGAUACCUACCUUCCCUGACGCCGUUAUUGGGUUUUUCAACCUACCGGCCACGAUUUACAGCAUGUUGGGCUUCGGGAAGAAAGGAGAAGAAUUCAAGAUUCUCAAAAAUUUCAGAGGUGUGGCUAAACCAGGUGAAAUGGUUCUGGUCCUGGGGAAGCCAUCGUCAGGCUGCACAACAUUCUUAAAAGUUAUAGCGAACCAGCGGUUUGGGUAUACUGGUGUCGAUGGCGAGGUUCUAUAUGGCCCCUUUGAUUCGGAGAAGUUCGCGAAGCGUUAUCGUGGAGAAGCUGUCUACAACCAAGAAGAUGAUGUCCAUUACCCCUCCCUUACUGUGGAGCAGACUCUCGGCUUCGCAUUGGAUACCAAAAUUCCUGGAAAGCGUCCAGCCGGCCUGUCUAAGCUUGCAUUCAAGAAAAAGGUUAUUGAUCUCCUACUCAAGAUGUUCAACAUCGAGCAUACGGCAAAUACCGUCGUUGGCAAUCAAUUUAUCCGUGGAGUUUCUGGCGGAGAGAGAAAGCGUGUUAGUAUUGCUGAAAUGAUGAUCACCGCUGCCACAGUUUUGGCUUGGGAUAAUACUACCCGUGGCCUGGAUGCCUCUACUGCUCUCGAUUUCGCCAAAUCGCUUCGUAUUAUGACAAACAUAUACAAAACCACCACCUUCGUUUCGCUGUACCAGGCUUCCGAGAACAUAUAUAAUCAAUUCGAUAAAGUUAUGGUCCUGGACCAAGGUCAUCAAGUCUUCUUUGGACCCAUUCAUGCGGCGCGUGCUUACUUCGAGGGACUUGGCUUCAAGGAGAAACCACGCCAAACCACGCCCGAUUACCUUACUGGCUGUACAGAUCCUUUCGAAAGAGAGUAUAAGGAUGGACGAAAUGAAACAAAUGCACCAUCUACUCCUGCUGAACUGGUUAAAGCCUUUGAUGAAUCUCAGUUUAGUGAGGACUUGGACAAGGAAAUGGCCCUCUACCGUUCUACCCUCGAGGUGGAGAAGCAUAUCCAAGAAGACUUUGAAAUAGCCCAUCAUGAAGCCAAACGAAAAUUCACAUCGAAGUCCUCUGUUUACUCGGUUCCAUUCCACCUUCAGAUUUUUGCUCUGAUGAAACGCCAGUUCUUGAUCAAGUGGCAAGACAAGUUCUCACUUACUGUCUCUUGGGUCACGUCGAUCUCAAUUGCUAUCACUAUCGGAACUGUCUGGCUGAAACUGCCAGCGACUAGCAGUGGUGCCUUCACACGAGGCGGCCUUCUGUUUGUCUCCCUGUUGUUCAACGCCUUCAACGCAUUCGGCGAACUUGCAUCGACUAUGGUUGGACGACCUAUUAUCAACAAGCAACGAGCUUUUACAUUCUAUCGGCCAAGUGCUCUAUGGAUUGCUCAAGUGGUAGUUGACAUGGCUUUCUCGUCUGCUCAAAUUUUUGUCUUCAGUAUCAUUGUCUAUUUCAUGUGUGGACUUGUUCUGGAAGCAGGAGCAUUCUUCACCUUUGUCCUCAUCAUCAUAACCGGAUACCUUGCUAUGACACUGUUCUUCCGUACUGUCGGUUGUCUUUGUCCCGACUUUGAUUAUGCCUUGAAGGGUGUCUCGGUGCUAAUAUCGUUCUACGUGUUGACAUCAGGCUACUUGAUUCAAUGGCAUAGUCAAAAAGUCUGGCUUCGAUGGAUCUUCUACAUCAACCCGCUGGGCCUUGGGUUUUCAUCCAUGAUGAUCAAUGAGUUCCGCCGCCUUACUAUGAAGUGUGAAUCUGAUUCACUCAUACCGGCCGGACCGGGAUAUUCAGACAUCGCCCAUCAAGUUUGUACCUUGCCUGGCAGUAGCCCUGGAUCGGCCACUAUACCUGGCUCCAGUUAUAUCGGCCUUGCAUUCAAUUACGAAACCGCUGACCAGUGGAGAAACUGGGGUAUAAUUGUUGUAUUGAUUGCUGCAUUCCUAUUCGCCAACGCUUUCCUUGGUGAGGUCCUUACGUUUGGGGCUGGUGGAAAGACCGUCACAUUCUAUGCCAAAGAGUCCAAUCAUCUUAAGGAGCUCAAUGAGAAGCUGAUGAAACAAAAGGAAAACCGACAACAGAAGCGAAGUGAUAACUCUGGGUCAGACCUUCAAGUUACAUCAAAGUCUGUAUUAACCUGGGAGGAUCUUUGUUAUGAAGUUCCCGUUCCCGGAGGCACACGACGACUUCUAAACGGCAUUUACGGAUAUGUUGAGCCAGGGAAGCUUACUGCCCUUAUGGGUGCAAGCGGCGCCGGUAAAACAACACUUCUUGAUGUCCUUGCUUCGCGGAAAAAUAUUGGAGUUAUAACUGGUGAUGUUCUCGUUGAUGGCCGUCCACGCGGCACUGCAUUUCAGCGAGGUACAUCAUACGCUGAGCAGCUCGAUGUACAUGAAGCUACACAGACCGUUCGUGAGGCUCUUCGUUUCUCUGCGACACUUCGCCAACCUUAUGCAACCCCGGAGUCUGAAAAAUUCGCCUAUGUCGAAGAAAUAAUUUCACUCUUAGAGCUGGAAAACCUCGCAGAUGCAAUUAUUGGCACCCCUGAGACCGGACUGUCAGUCGAAGAACGAAAGCGGGUGACUAUUGGUGUAGAACUAGCGGCCAAACCGCAGCUUUUGUUGUUCCUUGACGAGCCAACUUCAGGCCUUGACAGUCAGUCCGCAUUUAAUAUUGUUCGAUUCCUUCGAAAGCUUGCUGCCGCUGGUCAGGCCAUUCUCUGUACCAUCCAUCAGCCUAACUCUGCCUUGUUUGAAAACUUCGACCGUCUCCUUUUGCUACAACGCGGGGGCGAGUGUGUUUAUUUCGGUGACAUCGGUAGAGAUGCUAAUGUUUUAAUCGACUACUUCCACCGAAAUGGUGCUGACUGCCCUCCUAAAGCCAAUCCUGCUGAAUGGAUGCUUGAUGCAAUUGGUGCUGGUCAGGCUCCCCGCAUCGGUAACCGAGACUGGGGUGACAUCUGGCGCACCUCUCCUGAGCUUGCAAAUGUCAAAGCCGAGAUUGUUACUAUGAAGUCGGAUCGAAUUCGCAUAACUGACGGCCAGGCAGUCGAUCCAGAAUCAGAGAAGGAAUAUGCAACCCCAUUAUGGCACCAGAUAAAAGUUGUGUGUUAUCGCACGAACUUGUCCUUUUGGAGAUCACCUAACUACGGUUUCACUCGCCUUUACAGUCAUGUUGCUGUUGCUUUGAUUACCGGGUUAACGUUUUUGAAUUUAAACAGUUCCAGAACGUCCCUCCAGUAUCGAGUCUUCGUUAUCUUCCAAGUCACCGUGCUGCCAGCCUUGAUUCUAGCUCAGGUGGAACCCAAAUAUGACUUAUCUCGUCUGAUUUUCUACCGCGAGUCAGCAGCAAAGGCCUAUCGGCAAUUCCCAUUCGCGUUGGCAAUGGUUCUCGCUGAACUUCCAUACAGCAUCCUUUGUGCUGUGUGCUUUUAUCUACCGCUUUACUUUAUGCCUGGGCUCUCCAACGAAUCAAGCCGGGCCGGGUACCAAUUCCUCAUGGUUCUAAUUACUGAGAUAUUCUCUGUAACCUUAGGACAAGUGAUUUCGGCUUUGACUCCAAGCACAUUUACAGCCGUUCUUCUGAACCCACCGGUUAUUGUCAUCUUUGUGCUACUAUGCGGCGUCGCGAUACCAAAGCCCCAAAUACCUAAAUUCUGGCGUGUUUGGCUCCAUGAGCUGGAUCCUUUUACUCGACUUGUCAGCGGCAUGGUUGUGACCGAACUCCAUGGACAAGAAGUUAAGUGUACAGGCCUAGAAAUGAAUCGCUUUACUGCGCCAUCUGGUGAAACCUGUGGCUCCUACAUGGAGAAAUUUUUUGCCAGCAACGGACCUGGCUAUUUAGCUAGCAAUGCCACUGAUAUGUGCGAGUAUUGUGCUUAUAAGGUUGGAGAUGAAUUCUACAGGGCAUUCGGGAUGUCAUUUGAUAACAGGUGA